AACGACGUAGCUUCGGGUCGGAAAUUUAAAGGGUCCAGAUUAUAUCCAUCAUUUUCCCAGUCCCUACUAUUUAUAGGUGAGCCAAACGAAUAGAAAGGGCUUCGUUUGGAUUUUGAAAACAGAAGGGAAAAAAAAGCAAGUAGAUCGCAUUGGUUUCGAGAAGUUUCGAAACGAGAACAAUCUGAUUGGGCGUUUUUUUUUUUUUUGGUGGAUUUGAAAGAAGCGCUUUGAGAUCAGCCUGAUUAGGGUUUUGUUUUUUGUUUUUUUAAUUUUUUGUUAUUUUGGUAUCGAUGGCUGAGCACCACGAGGAACCGGGGGCUGAAUCGGUAGUGGAGAAGAUAACGGAGAAGAUCCACGACGUUGGCCACCACGACGAUUCGUCGUCGUCGUCGUCGUCGGAUUCAGACAACGAGAAGAGCAGCCACUCUCCGUCGUCGAUUAAGUCCAAGAUUUACAAGCUCUUUGGGAGGGAAAAACCAGUGCACAAAGUCCUUGGCGGUGGAAAACCGGCCGAUAUUUUCUUGUGGAGGAACAAGAAGGUAUCAGCAGGAGUGCUUGGAUUUGCAACGGCCGUAUGGGUUCUGUUCGAAUUGGUCGAAUACCACCUGCUUACUCUGCUUUGCCACUUGUUGAUACUUGCUCUCGCCUUGUCGUUUUUAUGGUCCAAUGCUUGCACCUUCAUCCAUAAGUCUCCACCACGCAUUCCAGAAGUCCGUAUUCCAGAGGACCCAGUUCUACAGAUCGCCAAUGUACUUAGGAUUGAGAUCAAUCGGGGUUUUGCUAUCCUGCGUGAUAUUGCAUCUGGGAGGGAUUUAAAGAAGUUUCUAUCUGUGAUAGCUGGCUUGUGGGUUCUGUCUAUAGUGGGGAAUUGGUGCAACUUCUUGACCCUGUUCUACAUAGCAUUUGUUUUGCUCCAUACUGUUCCGGUAUUUUAUGAAAAAUACGAGGACCGUGUGGAUAAAUUUGCUGAGAAGGCAUUAAUUGAGAUCAAGAAGCAGUAUGCAGUAUUUGAUGCUAAGGUGCUAAGUAAGAUACCUAGGGGACCAUUAAAGGACAAAAAGAAGGUUUAAAGUGGCUGACCUGCCAUCAAGUUCUGUUUGCUGACAUAUAUUUGGUAGCUGUGUUUUACCAGGAUGUUGUGAAAUUUUAUCCAUGAUUUGCUAGAACCCUAUUCUCUUCUUUUGUUCUUAUGGGGUCUUUGGGUUCUCAAUGUGAAUUGAUGAAUAUGUGGAUUCUCGUUUUAUACUUGUUGCUUCGUAUAUGGGUAUUAAUUUUGAUGGAUGUUUUGCUUGACUGCAAGUGACAUGGUGAUUAUACUUCCAUGUCAAAUAGUUUCUUGUAUAUUGUGGUUUAAGUUCUGAUUUCUGAAAUUAUUUAUCAUUUGUCGAAAA